UCUUCCCACUUGGAAAAAGGCUUCUGAUCUGUGACCUCCGCAAGAGGAGAACUGAGUUUUCGUCUGUGCUUAGAAUAUUGAUUCUCCUCCCGUAAAACUUGUAUCCAUCAUUACCAGAAGGGGCAUAUCCAAAGAGGCUUUACUGUUUUGUAUUCUGAAAUCAAACGAGCGACAGCACAACUUCAUUUCCACAGCCUCAUUCAUGUUCUGCUGAACCAGAGAGAAAGAGAGUCAAAAUGAAGAUAAGGCUGUCUCUGGCAGCGGCUGCCUUCCUUGCAGUGCUACUAUCCUCCGCCGUGGCCCAAGUUGAACCACCUUCAGACUUGAGAUUUAAGAUUUUAAAUGAGAACACAGUACAAAUGACAUGGAAAGCGCCGUUAACACGGAUAGAAGGAUUCAGGAUACAGGUGGCCUCAGACACAGACAAACCAACAAAAGAUGUAACCCUCCCUGCCACAGCCACUAAGACAUCCAUUACAGACCUUACUCCAGACAUGGACUAUGUAGUGACAAUCAUCUCAUACUCUGGCUCAGAGGAAAGUUUGCCCACCUCAGGACAGCUCACAAUCCAAUCAAGUGGCACAGCACAAGGAGGUCCCAGGAAACCACAGGUCACAGACUCCGUCAAGUGUUCUUACAGUGCCAUUGCAGAUCUGGUGUUCCUGGUUGAUGGUUCAUGGAACGUUGGAAGAGAACACUUUAAAUACAUCCGUAGCUUCAUCUCUGCCAUGGCGGGAGCCUUUGAGAUUGGGGAGGACAAGACCAGGGUAGGUGUGGUCCAGUACCAUACUGAUACCAGGACAGAGUUUAACCUCAACCAGCACAUGAAACGGGGCGAACUUCUCAGAGCCAUCAACACACUGCCUUACAUGGGUGGCAACACCAUGACAGGCGAGGCCAUGGACUAUCUGCUGAAAAACACUUUCACUGAGGCAAAUGGUGCCAGGAAAGGCUUUCCCAAGGUGGCCAUGAUUAUCACAGAUGGGAAGUCUCAAGACCCUGUGGAGGCGAUCGCCAAGAAACUCAAGAACAUGGGGGUGGAGAUCUUCACGUUGGGCAUCAAAGGAGCAGAUGAUGAGGAGCUGAAACAAAUGGCUUCGACCCCCUACAGGACGCACGUCUAUAACGUCUUCAACUUUGACCUUAUCAAAGAUGUGCAGAAAGAGCUCAUUACCAAUGUGUGCUCGGGGGUGGACGAUCAACUCAACUCACUCAUCAGCGGAGAGGAAGUUAUUGAACCAGCAUCAAACCUCCAAGUUGUGGAGGUGGCCUCCAAGUCUAUGAGGGUGACAUGGGAUGCUUCCAUUGGAGAUGUGUCGGGUUACAAGAUCCAGCUGAUCCCCAUGAUGGCCGGCAGCAAGCGCCAGGAGCUGUACGUAAGCCCCGGCCAGACCUCAGCAACAGUUACGGGCCUGUCUCCAGACACAGAGUACCAGAUCAGCCUGUUCGCCCUCAAGGGCCUCACGCCCAGCGAGCCCAUCAUGGCCAUGGAGAAGACUGAGCCAGUCAAGAUGUCCCUUGAAUGUUCUCUUGGAGUGGACGUGCAAGCCGACGUUGUCAUUCUGGUCGACGGCUCAUACAGUAUCGGACUGUCCAACUUCGCUAAAGUCAGAUCUUUCCUGGAGGUGCUGGUGAACUCCUUUGACAUCGGACCAGACAAGAUUCAGAUCAGCUUGGUUCAGUACAGCAGGGACGCUCACACUGAGUUCUACCUGAACACCCACCGCGAUCUGAGCGCUGUGGUCAAGGCCGUCCGGACUUUCCCCUACCGUGGCGGCUCCACCAACACCGGCCGGGCCAUGACUUACGUUAGGGAGAAGGUAUUCUUGGCCAACCGAGGAUCACGGCCGAACGUGCCCCGCGUCACCAUCCUCAUCACUGAUGGGAAGUCAUCCGACUCCUUCAAGGACCCUGCCACCAAGCUAAAGAAAGCGGACGUGGAGAUCUUUGCCGUGGGCGUGAAGGAUGCCGUGAGAUCUGAGCUGGAAGCCAUUGCUAACGAGCCCGUGGAGACCCAUGUUUACACCGUGGAAGACUUUGAUGCUUUCCAGAGGAUCUCCAAGGAGCUCACCCAGUCCAUCUGCCUGAGGAUCGAGCAGGAGCUCCUCAACAUCAAGAAGAGAAGCUUACUGCCACCGAGGUCGUUAACGUUCUCUGAGGUGGCCACCAGGAGCUUCAGAGCUACCUGGGAGACCGAUGCCUUCAACGUCCUGUCUUACCUGAUCCAGUUCAGACCGGCUGCUGACACCAACGGGGACUUUGUGUCCAUGUCCGUGCCCGGGGACACGCUCACCGCUCUGCUGCCUCACCUCACGCCCGUCACCCUCUACGAGGUCAACGUCUUCGCCCAGUACGCCCAAGGAGACAGCUUCCCUCUGAAUGGAUUCGAGACCACACUAGAUGAACAAGGAACAGUGAGUAACCUGAGGGUGUCCGAGGAAACAACAGACAGUUUCCUGGUGUCGUGGGCGCCAGCACCAGGAGCGGUGGUAUGGUACCGUCUGACCUAUGUACCAGUAAGGGGCGACAGCGCAAGACUAGAGACGGUCACUGUCGGCCAAGAGACCACCAUCGUGCUGCCGGAGCUAAACCCCUUAACGACGUACCGUGUGACGGUGGCUGCAGAGUACCAGUUAGGCACUGGCGGAGAGAUGCAGAUCGAUGGCACCACCAAAGAAGGGCAGGGAUCUCCACGGGACCUGCGGGUCUUCGACGAGACUAUGUCCACCAUGAAGCUGUCGUGGGCGGCGGCACCGGGCCGCGUCCUCCAGUACCGUAUCAAUUUCCAUCCGUCGGCGGGUGGCGAGAGGAAGGAGGUGUCAGUGAAGGGAGAGAACACCAACGUCCUCCUGAAGAACCUGCAGCCUGGCACUGAGUACGACCUGGCCGUCAGCGCACGCUACUCCUCUGGCCUAGGAGACCCUCUGAAGGGGAAAGGAACCACACUGGAAGAACUGGGCUCCCCCAAGGACCUUGUCACCAGCGACGUGACGGACACCAGCUUCGCUGCGUCUUGGACGGCUGCCCUUGGGAACGUGAAUAUGUACAGGAUCCGCUGGAAGUCCAUGUACAGUGACGAGUCAGGGGAGAAGAUGGUCCCUGGAGACGUCACCAACACCGUGCUGGAGGGCCUUACCCCUGAGACCCUCUACCAGGUGUCUGUCCUGGCCUCCUAUGGCAGAGGAGACGGAAGCCCGCUGACUGGACAGGAGACCACUGAUGUGUCUGCUGCUGCUGAGGCGCUUACUGUGUCCGACGAGACUGAGCGAAGCAUGAAGGUAACGUGGAUGGCCGCGCCGGGUAAAGUCAUCAACUACCGAGUGACCUACACGCCCACCGCUGGGGGCAAAGAGAUGGUUGCUAGGGUUCCCGGCACCUCCACCUCCACCGUGCUGAAGCGCCUGACGCCCAUGACCACCUAUGGCAUCAAGGUGCACCCCAUUUACAAGCGGGGAGAAGGAAAAGCAAGGCAAGGAGUAGGAACGACACUGUCACCUUACAAAGCUCCCAGAAACCUACAGACCUCAGAGCCCGGCAAGAACAGUUUCAGAGUCUCCUGGGACCCAGCUCCAGGAGAUGUUCGUGGCUACAAGGUCACCUUCCACCCCAGUGGUGAUGAUAUCGACUUGGGAGAGCUGUUGGUUGGGCCCCAUGACAACACUGUGGUGCUUGAGGAGCUCAGGGCCGGAACAAAGUACUCUGUGACUGUGUUUGGAAUGUUUGAUGGAGGCCACUCUGCAGCACUGGCUGGAGAGGAGAAUACUACCCUCUCCGACGCCCCCGAAGUGCCAUUGGAAUCUUGGAACGAGGCCAAGUGUAAGAGCCAGGCCAAGGCUGACAUCAUCCUGCUGGUCGAUGGCUCAUGGAGUAUUGGCCGUCUCAACUUCAAAACCAUCCGAGCCUUCAUCGCUCGCAUUGUUGGUGUAUUUGACAUCAGCCCUGAGAGAGUCAUGAUCGGUAUGGUUCAGUACAGUGGAGACCCCAAAACUGAGUGGCAUCUGAAUGCCCACCCAACCCGUGACGGGCUGCUCAAAGCUGUGGCUGACCUGCCCUACAAAGGGGGAAACACCAUGACAGGUAUGGCCUUGAACUACAUCCUCCAGAACAACUUCAAGCCCAACGUGGGACUGCGUAAAGACUCACGCAAGAUCGGUGUGCUCAUCACUGACGGCAAGUCGCAGGAUGAGAUCAUCACCAACUCCCAGGUGCUGAGGGACGAAAACAUCGAGCUCUACGCCAUCGGUGUGAAGAACGCUGAUGAGAAUGAGUUGAGGUCCAUUGCCUCAGACCCAGAUGAGAUUCACAUGUACAACGUGAAUGACUUCUCCUUUCUGCUGGAUAUAGUUGAUGAGCUCACCAUCAACCUCUGUAACAGUGUGAAGGGUCCAGGAGGAGGCCUGGAGCCGCCUACUAACCUAGUGACUUCCGAGGUGACCCACCACUCGUUCCGUGCCACCUGGACAGGGCCCGAAGGUCCAGUGGAAAAGUAUCGCAUCGACUACAUGCCCGUGGCGGGAGGAGUCACUGAACAGAUGAUUGUCGAUGGGACGGUCACCACUGUGGUCCUGACCAAGCUGACACCUCUGACCGAGUACAUGGUCAACGUUUUCUCCGUGACUGGAGAGGAGACCAGCGCAGAGCCGCUGAAGGGCACUGAAACCACCUUACCCUUGCCACUAUCGGGUAAGCUGCGGAUCACUGCUGUCACCCAUAGCACCAUGAAGCUCAGAUGGGACGCCUCCCCGGGGAAAGUCCUCAAGUACAUCAUCACCUACAAGCCAGAUGACGGAGAGCUCAAAGAGGUUGAAGUCAAUGGCGAUAUAACAUCCCUGCCUCUUGCCAACCUCAUCUCUCAAUCUGAGUAUGAUGUUGCUGUCACCCCAGUUUACGAUGCAGGUGUUGGAAACCCAAUGCUUGGACAAGCCAUUACAGAUGUUGUUCCUGCCCCGCAGAACCUGAAGUUGUCCGAGGUGACCCAGACCUCGUUCAGGGCCACAUGGGAACACGGGGCCCCUGACGUGGCCCUCUAUCGAAUCGGCUGGACCAAGAAGGGAGAGAACAACUUCCAAUAUGCUAUCCUGAACAGUGAUGAAACGUCCCAUAAUCUGGAGAACCUGGACCCGGACACCCUGUAUGACGUCACCGUCACGGCCAUCUACCCAGACGAGUCAGAGAGUGAGGACCUGAUUGGCAGCCAGCGCACAUUGUUAAAGAUGACUACAGCUGCUCCCACUGGACCUCCGCAGAACUUGCAGGUGUUCAACGCGACCACGGUCACUCUGACAGUGAAGUGGGACCACGCCCCAGGCCCCGUCCAGAACUACAAGAUCUCUUUCCAACCUGUGGCUGGAGGCAAAGCUCUCUCGACCCAGGUGGGAGGAAAGAAGAACAGUGUAAUCCUCCAGAAGCUGACGCCUGACACUCCCUACUCUGUCACCGUGGCAGCUAUCUACCCCAGCGGAGAGGCCAAAGACAUCUCAGGCCAAGGAAAGACCCAGUCUCUUGGUGGAGUGAAGAACCUGCAGGUGACCAACCCCACCAUGACCACCCUGAACGUGAAAUGGCAGGCGGCCGACGGAAAAGUGAAAGAAUACAAAGUCAUCUAUGUACCUGCUGCCGGUGGAGCUGAGAGCAUGGAGACUGUAGCUGCCACUACCACCACCACUGUUCUGAAAGGCCUCCUUCCAGACACCCUCUACACUGUCUCACUGGUGCCGGUCUACGAAGUGGGAGAUGGACAGAAACAGUCUGAAAACGGAAAGACAAAGUCUCUUGGUGGAGUGAAGAACCUGCAGGUGACCAACCCCACCAUGGUCACGUUGAAUGUGAAAUGGGAGGCGGCCGAGGGGAAAGUCAAAGAGUACAAAGUCAUCUAUGUAUCUGCUGCCGGUGGAGCUGAGAGCAUGGAGACUGUGGCUGGGACCAACACAGUCUUGAAGGGCCUCAUACCCGACACCAUCUACACCGUUUCAGUGGUGCCUGUCUACGACAUGGGAGACGGCAAGAAAAUGUCUGAGAACGGAAAGACAAGGCCUCUUGGUGGAGUGAAGAACCUGCAGGUGAUCAACCCCACCAUGACCACCCUGAACGUGCGCUGGGAGCCAGUCGAAGGGAAAGUCAAAGAGUACAAAGUCUUCUAUGUACCUGCUGCCGGUGGAGCUGCUGAGGCAAUGGAAACUGUGGCUGCCACUGCCACCAGCACUGUCUUGAGAGGCCUCCUGCCAGACACCCUUUACACUGUCUCACUGGUGCCUGUCUUCGCAGAGACAGAGGGCAGGAGGCAGUCUGAGAACGGAAAGACAAGACCGUUGGGUGGAGUGAAGAACCUGAAGGUGACUGAACCCACCAUGACCUCUCUGAAGGUGGACUGGGACCCAGCGGACGGAGCCGUGCGUCAGUACAAGAUCUUCUUCGUCCCUGUGGCUGGAGGAACACCAGAGGAAAUGGAGCAAGUACCUGGAAGCACCACCACCAUCGUUCUGAGGAACCUCAAGCCUGACACACCUUACACAAUAUCAGUGCUACCUAUCUACCCCGUCAGAGAGGGGAAACGUCAGGCUGAGAAUGGAAAGACGUUGCCUUUGGGUGGAGUGACCAAUCUGCAGGUCACCAACCCUACCCACACCACCCUCACCGCCAGCUGGGACGCAGCCGACGGCAACGUGCAGGGCUAUAAAGUCAUCUACACUCCCGUCGCAGGAGGCCUUGAGAUCAUUGAGCAAGUCUCAGAGAGCACAACCACCACAAUUCUGAAGAGCCUCUCACCUAACACACAGUACACAGUCACUGUUCUGCCAGUGUACCCCGAGGGGGAUGGGCAGACCCAGGCCAAGGAUGGAACAACAAAGCCCCUGGGCUUCGUGAAGAACCUGCAGGUCAUUGAACCCACCACCAGCACCCUGAAAGUGCGCUGGGAUGCAGCUGAGGGGAAAGUGCGCGAGUACAUCAUUGUCUACAUCCCAACUGCAGGCGGAGAGCAGGAAGUGGACCAGGUGUCUGGAACAACGACCAUCACUGUUCUGAAGGAACUCAAUCCAGAUACGGAAUACACUGUGACAGUGGUGCCUGUCUACCAUGAGAUGGAGGGUCUCUCUAGGUCUCAGAAUGGAAAGACAAAUCCUUUGGGUGGAGUGAAGAACAUGAAGGUCAUCGACCCCACCAUCAACAGUCUGUCUGUUCGCUGGGACCCAGCUGUCGGUAACGUGCGCAACUACAAGGUCUUCUACGUGGCCCAGCCAGAUGGGAGGGAGCAAAUGGAACAAGUCUCAGGGGGCACCACCAACCUUAUCCUGCGUAACCUGGAGUCUGAUACCCAAUACAACGUGUCUGUUGUCCCAGUCUACCCAGACGUGGAGGGCAUACUGCAGUCUGAGAUGGGAAAGACAAAGCCUCUGGGUGGAGUGAAGAACCUGCAGGUGACUGACCCCACAACAAACUCCCUGAGGGUACGCUGGGAGCCAGCGGAGGGGGACGUGCGCCAGUACACUGUCAUCUACGCCCCGCUAGCAGGAGGACCUGAACUUAAGACUAUGGUUUCUGGGAUGUCAACCAACACCGUUCUGAGGAACCUUGUGCCAGACACAGAGUACAAGGUGACAUUGGUGCCUAUGUACGGCGAUAUUGAAGGGAAGAGAAAUUCUGAAAAUGGAAAGACAAAGGCGUUGGGUGGGGUGAAGAACCUGCAGGUCACCGACCCCUCUACUAGCUCCCUCAAGGUGCGCUGGGAGCCAGCGGAGGGCAACGUGCGUCAGUACCGCCUCUUCUACGUCCCUGCCUCUGGCGGAGCCGAGGACAUGGAGCAAGUGUCUGGUGGCACCACCAACACCAUCCUGAGGAACCUUCUCUCAGACACGCUGUACACUGUCACCGUGGUCCCCGUCUACCCCGAGGGAGAGGGCCUGCGCCAGUCAGAGACUGGAAAGACGCUUCCACGAACCCCUCCUAAGAACAUCCAGAUCUACAACCCCACUACCAACAGCCUGAACGUGCGCUGGGAGCCCGCCUCUGGCCAGGUGCAGCAGUACCGCAUCGUCUACGCACCUCUGUCUGGAGACAGACCCGCCGAGACAGUCCUGGUCCCGGGAAACAUCAACAACGCGUUCCUGGACUCGCUCAUUCCCGACACGCCGUACUCGAUCAGUGUCCUGGCUCUGUAUGCCGAUGGGGAGGGCUCACCAGUGAAGGGAGACGGCAAAACAUUGCCCCGUGUUGGACCUAGGAACCUGCGGGUGUUUGAUGCCACCACCAACACUCUGACCAUCGUUUGGGACCACGCGGAGGGCCCAGUGCAGCAAUACAAGAUCGCCUACGCCCCCACCACUGGAGACCCCAUCACUGAGUUUACGGUUGUUCCUGGCAACAGAAACAAUGCCAUCCUGCAGAACCUGCUUCCUGACACUCCCUACAGCAUAACUGUUGAAGCCAUCUAUGCUGAUGGAGCAGGGCCAUCUCUGAUCGGGCCCGGACGCACAGUCGGCCUGCUGGAGCCCUUGAGCCUGCGCGUCUCAGACGAGUGGUACACCCGCUUCCGUGUGGCCUGGGACCCCUCGCCGUCUCCAGUGCUCGGAUACAAGCUGGUCUACACGCCUGCGGAAGAAGAUCAGAGUAAGAGCUUGGACGUAUUUGUGGGUGACGUGACCUCAUACACCCUCCAGAACCUGCUCCCUGGCACCACCUACGAUGUCAAAGUGUUUGCCCAGUAUGGGGCUGGCAUGAGCGGGGCCCUCGAAGGACAGGGAACAACACUCUACCUGAACGUCACCAACAUCGAGACCUACAACGUUGGCUUCGACAAGUUCUGCAUCAAGUGGAGUCCUCACAGGGCUGCCACUUCCUACAGGAUCAAGCUCAACCCUCUGGACCCCUCCAGUAAAGGUCAGCAGGAGAUCACCAUCACUGCAGCUCAGAGCCAGUACUGCUUCGAGGGUCUCUCCCCGGACGCUCUCUACAGCGCCACCGUGUUCGUUCAGACCCCCAACUUGGAGGGCCCCGGAGUCAGCACCAAGGAGAGAACCCUGGUCAAGCCUACUGAAGCGCCAACACAACCCCCCACUCCUCCACCACCUCCUACCAUCCCCCCUGCAUGGGCAGUGUGCAAAGGUGCCAAGGCAGAUGUGGUGUUCCUUAUCGACGGCUCGUGGAGUAUCGGGGAAGAGAACUUCCGGAAAGUGGUGCAGUUCGUCUUCAGCAUGAUUGGAGCCUUCGACGUCAUCGGAUCGACAGGAAUGCAGGUGUCGUUCGUUCAGUACAGCGACGAAGCAAAGACAGAGUUCAGGCUGAACUCUUACUCGGACAAGGGCAGCGGUCUCGCUGCUCUACAGCUCAUUCAGUACAGAGGAGGAAACACUAAGACCGGUGUUGCUCUGAAGCAUGUCAAGGAGAAGGUAUUUACGUCUGAAAAUGGAAUGAGGAGGAAUGUCCCCAAGGUUGUGGUAGCUGUCACAGACGGUCGUUCUCAGGAUGAGGUGAAGAAAAGCGCUGCCGCACUGCAGCAUGCUGGUUACAGUGUGUUUGUGGUUGGUGUUGCCGAUGUGGAUUAUGCUGAGCUGCAGAACAUUGGGAGCAAGCCAAGCGACAGGCACAUCUUCGUUGUGGACGACUUCGAUGCCUUUGCAACUAUCCAAGACAACCUUGUGACCUUCAUUUGCGAAACCGCAACAUCAUCUUGUCCCCUGAUCUACCUAAAUGGAUUCACAUCACCUGGCUUCAGGAUGCUGGAGGCAUUCAACCUGACAGAGAAGACCUAUGGCUAUAUCAAGGGAGUGUCUAUGGAACCUGGUUCCUUCAACAGCCACACAGCCUAUAGACUCCAUAAGAACUCCUUCCUGACCCAGCCCACCACAGAGAUCCACCCUGACGGACUACCUCACUCCUAUACCAUCAUCAUGAUGUUCCGUCUUCUCCCGGACACACCCACUGAGGCCUUCGACAUCUGGCAGGUGUCCACCAAGGACGACAAGCCUGAAGUCGGGGUCACCAUCGAUCCUUCUAGCCAAACUAUAUCGUAUUAUAACAAGGAUACGAGGGGGGAGAUCCAGAGGGUCACUUUCGACAAUGAUCAAGUGAAGAGAAUCUUCCAUGGAAGCUUCCACAAGCUCCACAUCCUUGUUUCCCCCACCAAAGUCAAGCUGAACCUCGACUGCCAAGAGGUGGCGGACAAGGAGAUUAAGGAAGCUGGAAACACGUCCAUGGACGGCUAUCAAGUCCUAGGCAAAAUGUCCAAGUCCACUGGCUCCAAGGGGAAAAGUGCAACUUUCCAGCUCCAGAUGUUUGAUAUUGUGUGCACCCUGGGCUGGACGAGCAGAGACAGAUGCUGUGACCUUCCAUCUAUGAGAGAGGAGUCCAAGUGCCCGUCCCUCCCCAAAGCCUGCACAUGCACCUCAGAGAGCACAGGACCCCAGGGACCACAGGGGGCAGUGGGCGCACCUGGGAGCAAAGGUCCCCGGGGUGAAAGAGGGGAGACUGGCCCGGCUGGUCCAAUUGGACCACGUGGAGAUACAGGCUUGCCAGGACCUAUGGGUCUGCCCGGCCCUCAAGGACGCAGUGGGCUGUCUAUUCCAGGAGAAGCUGGCCGACAAGGACCAAAAGGAGAAGCUGGUGAUUCUGGGCUACCUGGACAGAAAGGUCCACCUGGGGUAGCUGGGACCAUCGGCCCAAUUGGACCUGCUGGACCUAGGGGACCCCAAGGAAAGGAGGGACAGGCCGGAUCCAGAGGCCCAACAGGACCAAUGGGGCCUCCCGGAUCUCCUGGAAUGCCUGGUGCUUCAGGAAAACCAGGAAAGUCUGGUGACAGAGGUGUUUCGGGAGCCAAUGGUAUGAAAGGGGACAGAGGAGAGAGAGGUGACUUUGCUCCUCAGAACAUGAUGCGAUCCAUUGCCAGACAAGUGUGCGAGCAGAUAGUUAACGGACAAAUGAGUCGAGUCAAUUCGAUGCUGAACCAGAUUCCCAGCGGUUACCGUAGCAGCAACAACCCAGGUCCCCCCGGAUCCCCAGGGCCCAGCGGUAACCAGGGUCCCCGUGGAGAGCCCGGACAGACAGGCAGGAACGGAUUCCCAGGAAGUCCUGGACAACCUGGCCCGCAAGGAGAGAGAGGCCCGGGAGGAGAGAAAGGUGAUCAAGGAACACCAGGAGUCGGACAGAGAGGACAAAGAGGACCACCUGGCCCAGCAGGCGAGACACGGACCGGCCCUCCAGGCCCCGCAGGCUCCACCGGGCCCCGCGGUCCUCCUGGGCGCCAAGGGUUCGCAGGUAUUAGGGGCCAACCUGGCACUCCUGGCUACUGUGACUCUUCCCAGUGUGUCGGCAUUCCUUACAAUGGACAAGGAUACCAAGGUUCACCAUAGUAAACUUUCUAAAUCGCCUGUGCUGCUUUCACUUUGAAUUCCUGAAAAAAGUCCUCUUACUGUGAUACUUGCUCACGCGCUCUAGAGCUGUUUGAGGAUAACCACCAGCGGAUAACAUUAACAAACUAUGUUGAGAAAGACAAGAACAACAACGUGGACUGGUACUAACAACAUUGUAGAGCAACUAGAACAAACAAGCAUCGGUGAUGGCAACAACGUAGUGGUCUGUUUGCAUCUUGAAGCCAAAGAACAAACAGAGAAACCUAUCGGGUGGAGGACCAUAUACAAACAAACACAAACAAAAACACUAACCAGGUUGUAUUUUGUAGCAGAGAGAAUCAACAUCUUCAACAAUAUUAAUAUUGUUACUCUUGGGGUGUUAUCUGUAAAUAAACUAAUGGUGCCUUGUAAA